AAUACUCGUUCAAACGGAAAAUUCGAUUAUUCAAUAAAAUUUUCGCCUAAAACCACUUCCGCAAGAUUGACUCAAUUCUCAAAGAAAUUAGAGACAGGGCCGGGGUUAGAUGAAUUUAUCAUUUCAGGUUCGCAACUGAAUCCGUUUGGCUCGAAUGAAGGAGAAUUAGACCGUGAGGUGAAUGCUAUUUCCGUGCAACAGACAGUUGGAGAAAAAUUUAGGAAACCGCAUCAACGAUUACCUGAAUGGCUUAAAACUAAUAUUCCCGUCGGAGAAAAUUAUACGAGGAUAAAAAAUGAUUUGCGUGGUUUGAAUUUACACACAGUGUGUGAGGAGGCGCGUUGUCCAAAUAUAGGUGAUUGCUGGGGCGGUGGUGAACAUAAAACUGCCACAGCAACCAUAAUGCUUAUGGGUGAUGAAUGUACGAGGGGAUGCAGAUUUUGUUCGGUAAAGACAAGUAAAAAUCCCAAACCUUUGGAUGUCAAUGAACCAGAGAACGUGGCUGAAGCGAUUUCAAAGUGGGGUCUGGAUUACGUCGUAUUAACUUCGGUUGAUCGGGAUGAUCUUCCGGAUGGUGGAUCCGAACAUUUUGCAAAAACCAUCAGAUUAUUAAAGAAAAAGGCACCACAUAUAUUAGUAGAAUGCUUAACAGGAGAUUUUCAGGGUGAAUUAGAAAGCGUGGAUAGAGUGGUACACUCGGGGUUAGAUGUAUAUGCACAUAAUGUUGAGACAGUAGAGGCGUUAACACGAUAUGUGAGAGAUCAUAGGGCAACAUUUAGGCAAAGCCUGAAAGUAUUAGAGCACGCUAAGAAAUGCAAGCCGAGUUUAAUUACAAAGACUAGUAUAAUGCUUGGUGUUGGUGAAACCGAUGAAGAAGUGAUGGAUACUUUGAGAGAAUUACGCAAGAUAGAAGUAGAUUGCGUGACACUUGGUCAGUACAUGCGUCCCACCAAGCGACAUAUGAAAGUGCACGAAUACGUAACGCCUGAAAAAUUCGAGUAUUGGAAGAAAGUAGGCGAUGAUCUUGGAUUUUUGUACACAGCUUCUGGACCAUUGGUUAGGAGUAGUUAUAAAGCGGGUGAAUUUUUUAUUGGAAACAUAUUGAGGAAGAGACAAGAAUAA